UCGGCCCGAAAACGCGCACUACCGCCGCAGCAAUUCUCCACUGGUCUCAUCCGGAACGGAAAGCGCGCUAAAGUGCGCGGCGCCACAAGUUGCAGUUGUCAGACCCGUCGUCGCGACCGUACUGCGUCAAAACAAACACCACUGCACAGCAUACACGGCGUUGUCAUCGUUGACGAACGGUUAGAUCGCGGUAUAUAUACCGUAAAUACCGUCGUGGGUGUUAGCUUGGUCGCGGUCGCACACGAUGACGUCCAGCGACGGAGGACUGCAGUCUUGUCGCCGGCAGGACAACCGCGGCGGCGGCGGCGGCGUUGGCCAAAACCUGCCGAUCAUUAUGGCCACCGGCUGUCGGAUGCCACGGUCACCGUCCAGGGACAAGGACUUGGCGUCGUGCGCCGCCUCCAGGACCGCCGCCGCACAUCAACAGCCGUACGCCACCACCGCCGUCGUCUUGAACCGCGUUACCAGCUCUUAUCCCGAAGCGUUUUUUAAAAGGAUGUCGCAGGACAUAACGAAUUCGGUGUGGUUCGAAGAAGAGAACGAUUUGAUAAAAAGCUGCGGCGCACUGCAGUCGGCGCUGGGUCUGUCCAAGAGCUUCAGCACCGGCGACAUCGCUGACGCGACAAACAUGGACACCGGGUGUUGGCUCGCGGACAACGAUGACGUCCGCAUGCCACACAGCGCUUCCGAGCUGGCCAUAAACAAGUUGCGCAUAAACUCGGACGUGCUGCUGAUGGCCACCACCAUGCAGGGCCGGUUGGGCAACACGUCGCGGUCGCUGUCCACGUGCGUGGUAGUCGGCGACAUGGCGUCCACGUCGCAGCUGCCGUCGCCGAGCAGGUACUCCAGCUCGUUGCACAACAGCUACGCGCCGUCCACGUUCAGUCCCACCGACCUCGUGAGAUCCGUCAAUAAAAAGGUAUAUGCGUAA